AUGAUUUCCACCACCGUCUUCACCUACGCCGCCGCCGUGUUCUCUCUCUUCGCCGUGGUGAACGCACAAGUGCAGCCACGAAACUAUACAAACUACCAAGAGUUCGUUGACGACCUCCCAUCCUGCAACAAGGAUUGCAUGGAAGUCGACAUCGAUGCAAUCUUGCUCACCUGCGGCGGCACUGACCUCGAGUGCGCUUGCUCACAGACCCUAAGACUCGAGCAGAACGUUGGCACCAACAGAAGCCAAGCCUGCGUCGAAGCAUGCCCUGACAGCGAGGAUGCCGACAUGACAAUCAUCUCCGGGAACAUAUUCUUAACCUGUCUCCCAUUCAUGAUUGCGGAUCCGGCGGCCUUCAACACAACCACCGAGCAGCUUGUGGAACUGGGCUUGGUCGAGCCCACUAACGGCACGAACUCGAGCUCGUCUACUAGCCCGCCUUACGGCGCCACUCACCCGGCUAAUGGCUCUAAUGCCUCUACCACUAGUUCUGCGCCAGUGGCCACCCAGACGACCAAUGCUGCGGGAUCGUUGCUGGCGAGCUCGUUCUUGAUUGCGGCAGUUCCGGCGGUGCUUUCGUUCCUUGUUUAA